GCCAAACUACCUGCCAGAUCCGGGGGCUACGCGGGGUAGAUGCCAUAGCCAUUUGUCGACGUAACCAUGGAUCAGGGAGCCGCGAUAAUGCGGAGAUCAGGCGGGACGAACGGUAGCAGCAAUGGUGUUCGUCCUGCGGGUACGAUCGCGUUGUUAACAAGUGUGCUUUGAGCUUCGAGCUGAGCUGGCCCAAAACCGUAGUCAUAUGGCAUAUGUUGCAGCUACUAGUACAUCAAGUUCUUAGGUAUUCACCACAAACCAGUCUUGAACGUAGCAGAUCGGCCAACAUCUGCUACCGCGAGGGGCGCCGACUUGACCCCUCCUACUAGUAGAUGUAAGUAUUCAGCAUGGCUCGUCUGCUGUCCGUAAAUCUUGCCAUCCUAGCCCUCCAAGCUCUGGCACAAAACAACACAAAUACCACCGCGGACCCACUGGAAUUCGUCGACCCGCUCAUAGGCUCCACAAACGGCGGCAAUGUCUUCGCGGGCGCCUCCCUCCCGUACGGCCUCGCCAAGGCCGUAGCCAACGUCGACGGCCAGAACACGGGCGGCUUCGCCACGGACGGCAGCAACGUCACGGGGUUCAGCUCGGUACACGACUCCGGGACCGGCGGGAACCCCAGCCUGGGCAACUUCCCGCUGUUCCCGCAGGUGUGCCCGGACGACGCGGACGUCAACAGCUGCAGCUUCCGCAUCGGUGACCGGAAGCUGCCGUACGCCACUGACAGCGUGGUCGCCCGGCCUGGGUACUUCAGCGUGCGGCUGCAGUCUGGUAUCGGCGCUGAGAUGACGGUUGCGGAGCGGACGGCGUUGUACCGAUUUGACUUCUCAGGUGCUUCGGGAGGUGGCGGGAAUUCUCCGCACCCGUUGGUGUUGCUGGACUUGACGGACCUAUGGCAGAGCCGCCAGAAUGCAUCGAUUAGUGUUGACCCGGACACCGGACGCAUGACUGGUAAUGGUACCUUCCUGCCGAGCUUCGGGGCAGGAUCAUAUGUCAUGCACUUUUGUGUGGACUUCUUUGGGGGCGACAUCUAUGAGAACGGCGUGUGGGUGAACAACCGGGCAGGGACUGAGCCCAAGGACUUAUUUGUGACCAGAGGCUUCAACCUAUUCUUCCUCGAGGCGGGAGGCUUUGCCAGGUUUUCCGGUCUAACAGACAACACCGUGACAGCUAGGAUGGGUAUCAGUUUCAUCAGCUCAGAGCAGGCCUGCAGCACCGCCGAGUCGGAGAUUCCUGACCCCAUCCAAGACUUCGACACGCUCGUCGGCAAUGCCCAGGACUCGUGGAGGCGGAAGCUGAGUCCGGUGUCAAUAGAUGCGGGAGGCGCGAGCACGGAUCUCCAGACCAGCUUCUGGAGCGGAAUAUACAGGGCCAUGAUGUCGCCGCAGAAUUACACGGGCGAGAACCCGUACUGGGACAGCGGGAUUCCGUACUUUGACUCGUACUACUGCAUCUGGGACUCGUUCCGCGUACAGCACCCACUUCUGACCAUUAUCGACCCGGUCGCUCAGACGCAGAUGGUUAACUCGCUCCUCGAUACCUACCGCAACGAGGGGUGGCUGCCCGACUGCCAUAUGUCGCUGUGCAACGGCUGGACACAAGGCGGGUCCAACGCGGACGUCGUACUGGCCGAUGCCUACGUCAAGAACCUGUCGUCCACUAUCGACUGGGAGCUUGCCCUCGAAGCUGUCACCAAGGAUGCUGAGGAAGAGCCGCUCGAAUGGUCCAAACAAGGGCGAGGCGGUCUCGCAAGCUGGAAGAGCCUAGGUUACAUUCCCUACCUGGACUUUGACCCCAAUGGCUUUGGAACCAACUCGCGGAGCAUCUCGCGCACGCUCGAGUACUCAUACAACGACUUCAACCUCGCCACGAUCGCGCAGGGGCUGGGGAGGUCAGACCUUUACACCAAGUACCUCGCGCGGAGCGGCAACUGGCAGGCCCUGUGGCGCGAGGACCAGACCUCCCUGAUCAACGGCAACGACACGGGCUUCCAGGGUUUUUUCCAGCCCAAGUACCUGAACGGGACGUGGGGAUAUCAAGACCCCAUCGCCUGCUCCACGCUGGCAGGCUUCUGCUCCCUGACGACCAACCCGUCCGAGACGUUCGAGGCCAGCAUCUGGCAGUACCAGUUCCUGGUCCCGCAGGAUGUCGCGGGGCUGAUAUCACUCAUGGGCGGCGACGACGCCUUCGUGGACCGGCUGUCGUACUUCCACGGCUCCGCACUCGCAGACAUCUCCAACGAGCCCGUCUUCUCGACCGUGUGGCUGUACCACUACGCAGGACGCCCCGGGCUGUCCGCGGAGCGGAUCCACGGGUACAUCCCGGGCUCCUUCACGGCGGAGCCCGCGGGCCUGCCCGGCAACGACGACUCGGGCGCCAUGGGCAGCUUCCUCUUCUUCAGCAUGCUGGGCCUGUUCCCCGUCGCGGGCCAGGACGUCUACAUCAUCUCGGCGCCCUUCUUCCGCUCCGUGAGCGUCACGCACCCGACCACGGGCAAGACGGCCACCGUGAGGGUUGUCGACGGGUGGGAUCCCGGCUACGGCAGCAUAUACAUCCAGAGCGUCACCGUCAACGGCGAGCCGUGGUCCCGGAGCUGGAUCGGCCACCGGGUGUUUACUGAAGGGUGGACGGUUGAGGUGAGCCUCGGGGCCAGCGAGUCGCCCACCUGGGGGCGCGCCCUCGAGGACCGGCCGCCGAGCUAUGGGGCCUCAUCUCCGGAUUCGGUGCUCGUGGGUAUCUAA